AUGAGAUUUCUACCAAUUGUAAAUAUUCCUAAUUAUUCAUUAUUAAGCCAAACCGAUCCCGUAGUAAUAUCAGCUGUAAAAACAUGUGCCAAAUCAAACAAUCUUUCACUUCAAGAUUUCUACAAUCACGUUAAAAAUGGUGAAUAUGGUGAAACUGUGAAAGAAUUUAACCGUUGUUUAUAUGGAAGCGAAGGGUUAAAGCUAGUUAAUGACAAAGGAGAUAUUGAUAAGACUCUAGCUGCAGACUACAUUCGCAAAGAAUAUGGAGAUAAAGCUGAAGAUAUUAUCAAAAACUGCUUAAUUGAUAAAGACAAUGCACUUGAUACUGCUUGGGGAGUUCGUCUUUGUAUUACAAAGGCAACACUUCUUUAG